AUGCGCGCGCUCUCCCUGCUCUUUGUCGCGUCUACCGCGGCCUCCCACGUCUCUGCGGACCGCGUUCUCAUCCUCGGCAAGUCGGCAGCUCCCUUAUGGCACCAAACUCGCUCUCCCCCCGCUUUUUCCAACGCUGGAUUGGCCAAUUUAGCGCUCAGCUCAAUGGGUCUCCCUACUGGUGGUCGCGUUUCCUCGCAUUCUGCUGCGCUGAGCCCGCUACAGGCCGACAUCUUCACACACAGUGAAGUGUACGCUCUGGUUCUACUGGAAGGGCGAUCAACCGGUAGUGUCGAGGCUGUCGACGCCGCCUUGGACGGUGAAGAUGUUUUCCACGAACUGUAUCCAGUCCAAGACAGUCAAGUGACGGUUCCAGCGACCGUUGCCCAAGUUUUUAAAACCAAGUACCCACAAGCAGUCUAUUGUGCUGGCUCUCGAGCAAUUUGCAGCAGCGUGGGGGCUUUGACGACACCGGGGGAUGCAAAAAUCGUCCAGCAGGUGCUUGAAGCCAACAGCUUUUUGAGCUCUUAUGACGACGCAGACGUUGCGUUCGCCACACAGUUGGCUCAGGUGAUACAGCUGACAGCUGAUAUGGAGCAGCACCAAGACGGGAAGACGCUGUACGUUGUGGGGCUCUCGAGUCUACGGGGACAUAAGCAGGAGCUUGCGGACCAGCUCGUGACAGCCACUGUGACGGAGUUUCUUGAUCAUUUGAUGAAAAAAGAGCAGAUUGUAGCAGCUCAAGUCAUGACGGGCACUCUCCCGGUUGCAAUGCAACAAGUGACGACGCUCUCGCGUCGUGCACGGAACAGAAAAUUGACGACGCGUUCGGCAAAGAAGCCCAAAGUGAGUGAAAAGGACGAGAGUGCCAUGGACGAUGACGAAGAGGAUCUGGACGCAGCGAGUGGCAGUGUGUGGGAAGAAGAUGCGAAUUCUACUAGCUCUUCCAACUCGAGUGCGCCUGGAGCUGUGUCGAUGCCCGACAUCGCAGAGUACCAGAUCAUCCUGUGGACGUCAGUAUCGCUGGUUGCUAUGCUGCUUUUGUCGGUGUCAGCUAUGGCCAACAUGGACGCAGGUCGCGAUAGCCUGCUGUAUGCCAAGUUCAUUGCCGACGUCAAUGGCCGUAAAACGCUUUAG